AUGGUAUCAACACACGCACUGCCCUUGACAGCCUCAUCAUCACACGAUCCUAAGCGUCAUGGCAGUCUCGGGUCUAGUCAAAAGGCCCAUAUUCAGUUGAGACAGAUGCGGAAAGGGACCAAGUCGUGUCGAGAAUGCCGCCGCCGAAAAGUCAAAUGUAACUAUCCAUCUUCGCCAGAGCCUGAAUCUGAGAGCACACAAAUAUUCCAACCGGAUGCGGCCGAGCCUACUGGUUCCAUUGCAUCGACAACGAAAUGCAUUGAAUGUGCCACUCACGCUCGUAUCUGUGAGGUCCAGGGCAUUGUGGAUAAUUUGAGCCGCGAUCCCAAGUCUGCUGAUCCGCUUUAUUCUCCGCAGAGAAGGAUUUACAAACGCAGACGCCUCAAAUCUGGCGUGGCCGAUCCUCAACCUGACUCUCCCGACAGCAACAGCGCCGAGCUUGAAUAUCGGAAAGGGCUUGCUAAUCGUCCUCGAGUUCUGAAGAUCCAUGUCAGUAGAAUGGAUUCUGUUGCCGAGAGGCUCGCAGAAGCAUCCAGGGCUAGAACAAGGCGUUCAGGACAGCCGGAGAUUUCGCUGAUGGACUCCUUUGAGCGAAUCGGAGCUUACGAUUUUGUAGCCGCAAUGAACGGCGUGUUACAUAAUUACGAGACUCAUGAACAGAGCCAUCAGGAGGUACAUCCUCCUAAGCCAUCAGUUCAUCAAAUCAGGACUCAGACACCACUCCAAAGUGCUUUCGAACAGGAGAUGAACGUAAAGGCCACGAGUCCCGUCCUGUCUCAAGUCUUCAACAAUAGCAUGUUAAGCCAAACUUUAAUUGAUCCAGAUACAGUCAGCUCCAAGUUGCAAAUCCUCACGUUUUCGGACCAUGUCUCGGCCACGGAUGCAGACAAGUUGGCUUCUACCAUCGCCUCGGAGCCAUAUAUCAUGGAAGUUCUCGAUAUUUCGACCCAUUGGUGGAUAUCAUGGCGUGACCAAGCCUUCGCACUCCAUGAAGUAUUCCUCAAUGCUGAUUAUUUCCCGCCGCCUGUCAAUACAGCCCUUGCACUUGACAACAAUGUUGUUGGUGGUACGAAGAGGAAGCCCAUUCCAAUCUCCUUGCAAGAUUUUGUGCGCUCAAAGCUGGCCCAGAAGGACAACGCUAUUGCAAUUGCAACAGGUUUGCUCGGCAUAGCCAUGUCCCUCCAGGUGCUUCGACCUGGCAUUGACGACACCGGACUACAUCUCUCCAGCCCAGCGGUGGAAGUGAUGGAUCGCAUCGUUUUGGCAGUAGACUCUGUCAUGCUCUCUCCUAGCUCAAAUCCUUCGUAUAUAACCGAUCCAUCCAUCCUGUUACUACUAAUGGCGCGGUGCAAGAUGUAUGCCGAAAGCAAUCAAGUGCACAAAUCAUUCGUGGUGCUUAGGACGGCCAUCAACGCAGCCAAAAGGAUGGGAUUCGCCGACCCACACAGAAGGCUACGGCCGAGUCAUACUUUCCCUGGUGUGCCAAAUGCAGCAGAAUGGUCAACAACAGCCGCCGCAAGCACAGAAACCGGGGAGGACGUCACGCAGCUCGUCGUCCGUCAACGGUUUCUUGGUUCAAUACUUGAGCUCGAUCGCCUGAUGAGCAUGGUCCUCGGAUUUCCGUACUACGAGGACGACAACUUCACAGAUCAGUUAGCUCUAGCUGUCUUGAAAGAUGAGGCAGGCUUACAGGGAGAUGAUACAGGGCCUGAAUCACCUAAUGUGGACAUCAAGAUGCGGGCACUUCGACGCAUUGUUGCCAUUAUAGCCGGACGCGUCAAUGACCGGAAUGUGCUUGCAAGCUCAGGAGUGGAUGACCCAACUCUUCACGCUGAGACCAUGAGGCUACAAGCCUCACUUGCUGGUGCUGCGGCCGCAAUGCCGAGCGGAUGGUGGGACAUAGAAACGCAUAGACGGGCAGUUCUCAUAGACCCAUUCUUCGUGCAAGAGCACCUUAUGGCUCAGAUGUGGUACUGGGAAACACAGGCCUUUCUCCAUCUGCUUUUCAUGCUCAAACCCAGUCCUCACCAGAAGGUCGGUGCUGGCAUAGAUAUAUACCAGGAGAACCGGAUCCUCUGCUUCCAGGGAUGCCGUGGUGUCCUUCGGAUUUUCAACCUCAUGCGCUCCAACCCAAGCUUGGCCGUAUACGUCUGCAACUGCGACGACUUCCAGGGCGUGCUUACAGGAUGUAUCCUCCUGGUAGGUCUACUCCUGCGAAAGGCUAUGUGUCCCGGGGAGCACGCGCGAAGCGUCGCUUGGCCUGGCCAGGGAGAAGUCGGUGAGAGUCUCGCGCUCAUUGAAGAAACCAAAGACAUUUUCCGCUACCGUUCACAAAGACAAGGCGGGUUCAUUAGCAAGCAGGGCCUCAAAGUCCUCGUUGAGCUUGGGUCUUUCUUCGACGAUCCCACUGAUGACUUUGAUCAAGGUGGUGGUGGUGGAGGAGGAGGAGGAGGAGGAGGAGGAAGAGAUGGACCGAGCCGGAGGGUUGUCAUCAUGCCCUAUUUUGGGACCAUCACGCUCGAAUUCGGCCCAUCCCCACAGAUCGUCUCUCACCCGGGCGAUACUGUGAAGGCAUUCGACCUCGAAACGGACAGGAUUCCAGCAUACCCGACAACGCAGAAUCUGCCGCUGACGCCGCCGCUGAUCAGCUCGACUGGGAAUGCAAACGGAGGACACGGCGGCGUGGCAGCCGCAGCCGCGGCGAUGGAAUCCAUUCCAGGCUACGAAGCAGUCGACCUGCCCGACUAUCUCGAAGGCCAAUGGCCAACGUCUUCGACCGCCGCUAGCCUCUGGAUGAGCGGCGCAGAGCAGCAAGUCACUACCUCUAACGCAAGUCACAUCAAUGGCGUUGGCAAUGGCAAUGGCAAUGGCAACGACAUUGCUGACGACAUUGAGUUCGCAGGGCUCGAUAUGCCAGAAGUGACGUUGGAAUGGGAUCAAUUCCUGUUCGGCGAGGAGCUUGGCCAGGACUGGAACGCGGACGUCGAGAUCCCGGAAGAGUGGUAUACGAUGACAACGCAGCAAGGUUUAUGA